CAGGCUAUCGGCAGAGAAGAGAGAGGUGGCAUGGCUCUGGGAGAAAAGGAAAGAGAGGAGGCCCCAGCCAAGCGUGCCCUCCGGAAGGUACGCACAGCCACCCUGGUGAUCAGCUUGGCCCGAGGUUGGCAGCAGUGGGCAAAUGAGAACAGCACCAGGCAGGCCCAAGAGCCCACAGGCUGGCAGCCAGGAGGGACCCAGGACGCACCCCAAGCCCCUAAGUCAGUGGUCAACCCCACUCUCCACCAGCAAGCUCAGAGCACCCCAAAGUCCCCCUCCCAAAAGUCAGAGGGACAUGGAGAUGGACAAAGUUCAGAGGGAGCCACCGAAGUCUCUCCUAUCAAAAGGAAAGAGGUGACCAAAACAGUUGUCAGCAAAGCUUAUGAGAGAGGAGGGGAUGUGGGCCACCUCAGCCACCGAUACGAGGACGGCGACAUUCCUGGAGCCGGGCACCCAGAAAAUGACAUUGACAGAAUCCUCCACAACCAUGGCUCCCCGACACGGAGGAGGAAAUGUGCCAACCUGGUAUCCGAGCUGACCAAAGGCUGGAAAGAGAUGGAACAGGAUGAGCCCAAGUGGAGGAGCGACAGCAUCGACACAGAGGACAGCGGCUAUGGAGGGGAGACCGAGGAGAGGCCCGAGCAGGAUGGAGAGCAGGUGGUCACCACCAGAAUCAAACGCCCCUUGCCUUCCCAGGCAAAUAGAUUUACAGAGAAACUCAGCUGCAAGGCCCAACGGAAAUACAGUCAAGUGGACAGCCUGAAAGGGAGAUGGCAACAAUGGGCUGAUGAACACAUACAAUCCCAGAAGCUCAAUCCUUUCAGUGAGGAAUUCGAUUAUCAGCUGGCCAUGUCCACCCGUCUUCACAAAGGAGACGAAGGCUACGGGCGUCCCAAGGAGGGAACCAAAACGGCGGAAAGGGCCAAGCGAGCCGAGGAGCACAUCUACAGAGAGAUCAUGGACAUGUGCUUCAUCAUCCGCACGAUGGCCCGCCACCGACGAGAUGGCAAGAUCCAGGUUACUUUCGGAGAUCUCUUUGACCGCUAUGUUCGUAUCUCAGAUAAAGUGGUGGGCAUUCUCAUGCGUGCCAGGAAGCAUGGGCUGGUUGACUUCGAAGGAGAGAUGCUAUGGCAAGGCCGAGAUGACCAUGUCGUGAUUACUCUACUCCAGUGAACCUUCCGCAAAGAAAGCCAGACUUGACCCGCUGCUGUCUUAAUGCCAAAUGCUAAUGCAGUAAAAAUUAAAAUGCAAACCACUCUGUAAUAAGUUAGUAAAUAUUAAACAAUUUUUACAUAAA